CUACUCACAAAGUAUGUUUUCCUGCGGAUUAAUAUCAAGUUUUCGUCCAUGUAUCGUGACUGCUUCGUCAAGUUACCCGGUGUCACAAUGCAUGUCACACAGUUACAUCCUAUCAAAUCCCAUGAAGUUCUGUCACAAAAGCAUAAAGUCUAUUGCAAUAUCGAAAUUAAUUCAUCAGAAGGCGCACAAAAAGGAUAGGCAGAAAUGUUCAUCACAAACACCUGUCCUCGAUUCACUUCGGCUUACAUCGCAUGAGGCAUGUCACUAUCUUCGCCACACACUCGGUAUCGAUUCGGCUGACACGAAGCUUAGCCGAGAUCGUUUCGGGCUUCUGCGUGAAAUCACGUUGAGAUCACACUUUCGACAACCGUUUCAGAAUGUCACUAAUACUUACGCAAUACCAUUGAGUGAGAGAAGAAUUCCUUCCUGGGACGAGAUAAAGCAGACAAUGCUGGCAGGACAAGGAGGGGUAUGCUACGAGCUUAACGUCUUCACAAAUAGACUCCUAGCUGUUUUGGGGUACAACGUUCAUCUCAUUGGAGGGAAGUUCAUGGGCCACGACCGAUAUCACGUGACCAACAUAGUUCACGAUGUUGAGGUCAAAGGUCAGCGGCAUCUGGUAGAAGUUGGUGCAUCGGAUCCAACGUUUCAUCCUAUUCCGCUUGACUUUGAGGAAGAGAGCCCGGUGUACCAGGACUCCUUUCUGACGUAUAAAUUCAAACUUGGUAGGAACGACCUGCAACGCUUCCAUGUCAUUCGUAAAAGUGACUCCGACUCCUCUCUUCUCGAGGACCACACCCACCCGACUAACUGGAGAUUGAUAUCGGAGAUGGAUAUCGCUACAGAUCGUGAUCUCGACUACUUCAAGGAACCAAUGUCGUACGUCUUUAAUGCUCUUCCGCGCCCCAAAAUGAAAAUGUUCGAUGAAGGGAUGUUUGCUAUGAUUUACGAGAAUGGGAAGAUGGUCUAUAUUCGCGACAACCUUCUAUAUUUGGAAAGAAACGACAAUACUGAGGAACGUCGCGUUCUGUGGUCGACGGACGAGGUGCUCGAAGCGUAUAGCAGAUUCAUGCCGAUGAUACCAAAUGAAAGGAAAUUGCUGGGACUAAAGAAUAGAAACUUGGUGUUCCCUCCGUGGGAUAAAGACAAGUGUGUAACUGUUUCCCCUAUUGUGAGGUAUGGCAACGCCGUUGACCUGUCUAAAAUAUAUGCAACAAAGUAACCAGUCGUUUAGUAGUCCCGGUUGUUUGGUCAUAGGAAAAAGUUGUCACAGUUUUGACAAGUAUUGGCAGUUUUGAAAAGCAUCAUCUUCAUAAAAGAACAAGACACACCAGUUGAACUUCUAAAAAAUCUCAAUGUGGAAGCAAUGAAAGAAAUUGAGACGUUAUGUCAAAAUAUAUUUGAAACUGGUACAAGGUCUGAAGACUUUCUUAGGACAACUAUCAGCCUUUUCACACACAGCUAAAAUCCAUCGUAUCUAGAGAUGAUUAGAAUCACUCAACAGUUU